AUGCCGCCGAAAGCGCCAGAGUCAAAGGCCGCGAAGUUAGCGAAAGCUGCCGCGGGGGGUAAAGCCAAAAAGAAGAAGUGGUCCAAAGGGAAAUCCAAGGAGAAGGCGCAAAACCAGGUCUUGUUUGAACAAUCCACUUACGAUAAGUUACUCGCGGAAGUCCCGAAAUACAAGAUGAUCACCGUAUCCAUCUUGUGCGAUCGUUUGAGAAUCACGUGCUCGUUAGCCAGAAAAGGUAUUGCUAUCUUGGUCGCCAAGGGUUUGAUCAAGCCGGUCGUUAGACACUCGCAACAAGACGUUUAUACGAGAGCAAUUGCCGAAGCGUAA